AUGGAAUAGGUUGGAAGAUAUAAAUAAAAAUCUAUUAUAUAGUUAUUGAUAGAUGAUAUAGAUUAUGCAAUAAAAAGAUGCAUUUUUAUUCCUUCUUUUUGGUUGAACAUGAAUUCUUUAUUGCUUCCUCUAGGUUUAGUUAACCAAAGCACAUUUUUUGAUUUGAUAAUUUGAACAGGUACAUAUUAAUAAAGAAAAGCAUUCUCUCAAUAUAAUAAAAUAAAAAGCAAUAUAUUUAUUUGAAAUAAGGCAUCUUGUCUAAUCAUUGGUAAAAGUAAAACUGUAAUUUAAAUAUUUCUCUCCUUAUUUAAUUUUAUUAGGAAGGAUAAUUAAAAACCUUUUAUCUUAAUCUAAAAUAUUCAGAAAUUCUUGUUGUUUAAAAUAGCAGAGUUUAUACAGAGACAAGAAAUUAGACAAGCUAUUUCGCAGUAUACUUAGAAUUAAUAAUAAACUACAAUUAAAAAUGUUUAGUUAUUAUCCUUUUGACGAAAUAGGUUAAGGAUUGAAUUUAGGCCAAUAAAAAUAUCAAAAAAAAAUAAAAAGGAAUUCUAAUAAUAUUGGUAAGAAUUAUAUAAAUAAAAGUAUCCUAUAAAGUGUGAUCUAAGUAGCUUUACUUGAGUUUUAUUUAAUUAAUUAAAAUUUCUAUUCAAUCAUUUAAGCUGAAUUAUUUUUUUGAAUUUAAAAUUAGUCUAUUUGUUAUCGGAAUAGUUUGAAUUGUAAAGUGAAUUUUCCUUUUGAAUACAUAAAACAUAUCAUAGAUUUAAAAUUGAUGGGUUGUAGAAAAUGCAAAGAGUAAACCUAUGAUUCUGGUAGUCCCUUUUAUGAUAUUACGUUAUAUUAUUUUUUUUAGUUUGAGAGAUAUAUUAUUAAGUCCAUUUUAUAUAGAUAUUUGAGGAGUAUACAUUUGUCCGAAAUCAUUGAUGCUAUUAGGAACUUAUAAAAAUUUUAAGAUAAGUUCAUAAAGAUUUAAUGA